GAGCGAGAAGUCAGCCUAGGAAAGGCAUAUACCUUAUGAAUUCGUUGGUUUCAACCCGGACCGUCUUAACCUUAAACCCUUCUUACUAGGCAUAACCUUUUUGCAUUCCCCAUAUACCGCGUACUCCAAUACUUAUAAAACUUCACUCAAGCUGAUUCAAGAUGCAGCCUAACAUUGGCGAGAUACCAGAGGACCUCCUACUCUGGGGUGGCGUUUCGGAGCAUGAGGAGCGAGACCGCGCUCUCCCGCAAGACAUAGAUUCCUUGUUUGGAGACCCUCUCGAAUCAAUUAAUGACGACGGCGACAAAGAUGGCCUCUUGGACUCUGCCGAUAUUCCUCCUCACCAAGAUGACCCAGCAUACGGUCUCCAGUGGACCAGAGACGAUGGUUCUUUUUCUGUAAGACCUGAAUGGACUGUUGAACCGACAAUUGACUCUAUUAUCCUAACCCUCCAGAAAGUCGUUGGCCCAGAUAAGGAGUACGUAGUUCAGCAUCACUGGAAUGGACUGUAUAGUAAAAUAUACCGCGUCUCGUACGAAGGGAUACACCUCAUCUUGAAGAUAUCUCUACCGGUAUGUCCUAAAUCUAUGACAGAAAGCGAGGUUGCAACAUUACGGUGGGUCGACGAAAGUACUCGUCUACCCGUCCCUAAAGUUCGCCACUACGAUUCCUCACGGGACAACCCUAUAGGCUUCGAGUGGAUCUUGAUGGAUCGUAUAGAUGGGAUGCCCCUUUUUCAAUGCUGGGAAUCCAUCACCCAGGGCGCCAAGGAACGCAUCGUCAAGCAAAUUGCCGAAUAUGCCGCUAUUUCCUUUGCAAGACAAUUCAGAGGGAUUGGCAACAUAUACCCUUUGGAAUCGCAUCAGUCUGGCCUACAACCUCCCGUGGGCAAAAUGGCCUCGAUGGCGCUCUUCUAGGGUGAGCGCGCCAGCAUACGUCAUCACGUGACGCCUUUCCGUACCGCAUUCAAAUGGACGAAAUGCCGCCUCCGUCUUAUUUCUGCGGAGCUUCGAUUAAGACUAGAUGAGGCAACCGAUGAAGACCAUCGUAAGACCAUAUCUAGUAUGCUAAAUCUCAUCGACCGUCUCCGAGAACUAGAAGACAAGUUCUUCACAGCUCCUAGACCUUCCAACGAUAGCGUGCAACCAGCCUACGAGGAUGAGUCAACUGACGAGGAGGACAUAGAGACUAUCGACAAGACCAAUAAGCCAUAUGAACCAACGAUGCUUUGUCAUGAUGACAUUUCUCUUGACAACAUUCUUGUUGACGAGAACGGUGUACUCAUGGGUAUUAUCGGUUGGUCGUGUGUUUCAUGCCUCCCUCUAUAUGAAGCUUGCCAAUUUCCAGCCUUUUUGCAUCAGUCGUGGGAUAGGCCUCUUGAGCCGCUGACUCCUUAUAGUGUCACUCGAGCGCACUUGGAUAUCGACGAGGAAGUUCGGAGGUACGACAUAAAGCUCAGACAACAUCAUCUAACCCUACUUCGCCAGGUUUUUAUUGGUGAGAUGAUGCAGAGAUGCCAGGAAUGGUUUGAUAUCUUUUGCAACCAGAAACACCGGAG